AUGUCACAAUUUUCUUCAACCCAUCUAAGGCAUGCCUUGAAAUCUUUGAACAAGGAUCAUUCGACAAACGUCACAGCAGUAAUUAUUGAUGACAGCAUUUUCAAGUUGGAGGCUACUUUAAUCGGACAGGUGAACACCCCAUAUGAAGGGGGAGUGUUUAAAAUGAGUAUUCACUUUCCGUGUGAUUACCCAAAUAUUCCCCCAAAGGUUUGUUUCAAAACAAAAAUUUUCCACCCAAACAUAUCAGAAAGAGGUGCUAUAUACCUAAGAGUGUUGAAGUCCACAUAUUGGCAUUCCAUGCCGAUUAUUUGGCUUUUCAAGGCAAUAGUGGAGAAAUUGAUUGAACCAGAGCUUGAUGAUGAGGACCAGGUCGAUAAAAAUCUUGCCAACCUCUACAAAACCGAUAGGGCAGGGUUUGAAGAGAUGGCAAGAGAGAUGACAAACCAAUACGCUAGGAGAGCAAACUAA